UUCAGUUCUUUUAACGUGUAAUUAUUUAUCAGCAGGAUUACAUGACUUAUUGGAGAAAUACCCAUGUCCCGGAGUUUGGAAGCUGGGAAUAUUGCAACAAUGAGGACGACCUUCCACCAUUCACUCAAUGUUUCGAGACAGCCAGGCAGCCUUCUGGGCUUUCUUUUCCUAUCUACACAUCUCAUUCCAAAGAUCGGGAUCUCUAUCAGAAUGCCGUCAUUGUCGUGCCACGACACAGUCACAGGGGGAAAGGGCGUUAUGGGUACCAGAAAGAGAAAGAAUAUACUAGAAACAAAGAUAGGAGAAGGUGGGUGGAGUGUGACGCCGUGAAAUUUGCGCCGCCUCCGCCACCUCCGUCUGUUCCUAGGAGGGUACGACCGAUGGCUGUGGAUGAAGAUCUUUAUAAGAUUUCGCCGGAGCUCCUCUAUGCCAAACCUAAAAAGAAAAGGAUGGGCUUUCUAUCAAGCUGCUUGUUUCCAAGUUGUCAUGUAUGAACAAGGAAGAUGAAGAAGUUAAGUAAAGUGAUAACACCAUUGAAGAAGAAGAAGAGUACAAGGAAGAGGAGUCUACUUUUAUAGUAUAAUAUGAAUGUUUUUUUUUUUGUAGCAUUUGGUUAAUUUAAGCUUCUAAUUUCAUUUUGGAAUCAUAUAAAACUCAGCAUUAUGUGGUUUCUCAACAAAA